AUGUCCUGGGAACAAGUAACAUUUUCUUUAAGCCCCAGAUCAAAAGGGUGCUAUUUGAUAACUGACGAAGUUUAUGAUAAAGUUCCACAAAUUAAACAAUACAAAGUGGGGAUAUUGCAUCUUUUCUUGCAACACACAAGCGCCGGGUUGACUUUGAACGAGAACUGUGACCCUGAUGUUAGAACAGAUAUGGACAGUGCAUUGAACCGAAUUGCACCGGAGGGAGACUUUUAUAUACACGCAGAUGAAGGCAGUGACGAUAUGCCAGGACAUGUCAAGAGUUCAGUUGUCGGUGUGAGUGUAAGUAUCCCCAUAACCAACGGGAGACUCAACACUGGAACUUGGCAGGGGAUCUAUUUAUGUGAAUUCAGAACUUAUAGGCAUACUCGGAGAAUCGUAGCUACCUUAAAUGGUGAGAAGAAAUAA